AUCACUAAUGCACACCCCCGGUUGUUGUCUUUCAUCCAUGGUGACGAAUCCAAACCUCAGCUAAUCGGCGCUCUUUUCAAACUUUUUUCCAACCACUUAAAAAACAUAAUCUCCCAGUUAAUCGAAUUUUAAUAUCGAAUCCUAAAUACAUUAUUUGCAAGCACACUCGUUCUGUCGUUAUGAGUGCUUCCAAACAAGCCACUUACGCGCGGAUAAAUGAUCGUUGGUGACAUUAGCUGUCAGCCAAAACUGCUUCCUUCCGUCUGAGGUUAGUCGGAGACAAUGUUGAGAUUCUAUUCAUGACAAUUAGGACUUACUGACAUGUGCCAUGCUAUGAACGUUUUUAUUGUAUGUUUUGAGUGACUAGCAGAAAACGAGUAAAGUAUAUAGUAACUCGCUACUUCGGACCGUAGCUGCUAGCCAGGGAGCGCUUCUAAUGUUAGCCGAUGUAGCGAAGUUAGCAAACAUUGGCUACAUGUUCCCAGUAUCCAGUGGUAAAAGACCAGCUGUGGUAUAUUUUCUCUUGUUAACUUUGGAUUAAAGCCAUGGAAAGCAGCGUCGAGAGGAAAUAUGCCAAUUUGAGGAAGCGUCUGGAUCAGCUCGGCUACAGACACCCUCUUGCAAUUGAAUCAUUGCCAUUAGUCGAGAAACUAUUCAGCGAUCUAGUCCACACUACUGAAAGCCUGCGCAAUGCAAAACUGUCAGCAGGGAAGAUUGAGAAGGAACGUAACUGUGAUGUCCUGGAGCCAUACAGGACAGAUAACGCCCGGCUUGUCAGGGAGAACAAUGAACUCCACCUGGAGCUUCUGAAGGUGAAUGAGGAGAAGGACCAUGCCGACAGGGAGCUGAUAACCCGCAUCAGAAAACUGGAACAUGAGACUUGUGACCUGAAGUUUCUGAACAAUCAAUACAUGCACAAGGUCCGCUGCUUGGAGAAGGAUGGCAAAGCCAAAUCCGAGCGUAUCCUGCAGCUCCAGGAGAAGAACUUGCAAGCAGUGGUGCAGACGCCAGGUGGAAGAAAGCGCAGCAUCCCUUUCAGGCGUCAGAGAAUGCAAACGGAUGAGCUCAUUCCUCCUCCCACGACCUCGGCUUAUCCCGUGCCCCAGCCAGACGACCCAUACAUAGCCGAUCUCUUGCAGUUGGCCGAUAGAAGGAUUCUUGAGCUGCAGGAAGAAGUCACAAAAAAACAGUGUGAGCUAGAAGACUCCCAUGAACGCACACAACUCCUAAAUACUCAAGUGUCUGAGAGGGACAAAGAGAUUGAACGUCUGAAUCGUUCACUUCAUGGAGGGCGACCUUGUGAUGUCAUCUCUUUGGAGACUCAGAACAUCAGCAAUGAGAAACUGAUUGCGCAGCUUAACCUUCAAGUUGAGUACUUGCAAGAGAGCAACAAGAUGCUAGAGCAGAAGGUAGAGGGACUGCAGCAGAAGUCCUCCACCAAAGUGGCCGACCUCUCCUUGAAGAAUUUUGAACUGUGUCAGGAGCUGACACACAUUGACGGCCUGGCCAAGAAGAUGGAAAUGGACAAGGAGCGGGCCUUGGUAAUGGCCGAUCAGGAGUUGCAAAGCAACAAAGAAGUAAUUGAACAUUUGGAGGACAACCUUAAAAAAAUAAGAGGGGAGCUUUCUGAGAGGGAAUUUGAGAAGAGUUCUCUGGCUGACCAGCUGGUGGAACUCAGAGGGCAAAAUGAGAAACUAGAGGCAAUGGUGGACUUCAUGGAGACUGAGAAAAGUAGGCUGCAGGACAAAGUGGAGAAGAUGAUGUCCACCGACAGAGACUUGGUGCUGGAGUUGGAGGCUAUGCGAGCCAAACAUGGCGUUUGUGGAAGAGAUCGCUCCCCGUCACGCCUGGACGCCUUUGUGAAGAGUCUAGAGGAGGAGAGGGAUCACUAUCGCCACGAGGCUGAACGCUGCAGGAAAUUCCAAGGAGCCAGCAGCCCAAGUCGCGGGAGUCCAAACCGAACCAGGAGUCCUUGUCGCAAGGUAAUCAGGGCAGAUGUUGCAGAGUCUGAGUUUCUUGCUUUGGUGAAGGAAAGAGAUGAGCUGAAGGCAGCUCUGCUGGACGUGGAGAAGCACACUGAGGACAUCCAGACGAAAGUGAAAGCACUCGGUUCUGAAAGAGACCACUUCAAAAUGAUGUUUUAUCAGACACAAGAGCAGCUGGAAGAUGCCCGUGUAAGCUCAAGCACAUCUGAUGACAUCUUGAACUUGAGAGAGGAGCUGAGGCUGGCAGAAAAUAAAAUCAUGCAGGUUAAGGCCGAAAGAGACUUACUGAUGGAGGAAUUUAAGGUUGGACAGACAUCCACAAUUCCUGAGGGACGUGGACAGGAAAAGAGGAUUCUUGAACUGCAGGAUGCCAUUCACAGUUUGGAGCAGGAGAACCUAGAGCUGCGUUCACAGCUUUUUGCGUUAAAAGACAGCAAGCGGGACGUGGAGCAACAAUUGGAUGUUCAGUCUGCUGCCUUGCUUCAGAACGUGGAGGAGGUGGCACACCAGAGGAAAGCAGCUUCCGCCCUCAGGUGUGUCCUUAAGCUACAACAGGAGCAGACGCAACAGUCACUUUCCGACCUCCAACAAGCGCUGUCUGCGAAGACCAAUGAGCUGCGCGUUACUCAUGAGGAGAUGGAAACACUGGAGGAGACAAUCGGGGUGCUGACUCAGCAGGUCUCCAAGUACAAGAAGGAAGUGGAGGUUCUUCAGAUGUCUUUUGCCGCACUGGAUAAGGAGAAAGACACUUUGCAGGAUGAGGUGGAUGAAAAGACAGAGAAGCUGGUUGUUCUUGAGGAGGAGCUCGCAAAGAAAGAAAAAACCCUUGAAGAUGUGAGGCUCACAGUCAGCGUAAUGGAGAAAUCUCUGGCUCAGCUGCAGGGGGCACUUAACAGCCGUGAGAGGGAGCUAACCAGUCUGAGGAAACAGUUGGACGACUCUCAGCUGGAGCUGGCAGGACUUCGAAACAGCAAAGAAGUCUUGGUCAGAGAAAAAAAAAGCCUUCGAGAUGACCUGUCCACAAUGACAAGAGAGAAUCAGGCUGUCCACGUGGAAAUGGAGGAGGCUUUACGGGAGCGGGAUGAGCUAAAGCUGAGUGUCCACUCUUACAUUACUAAAGUGUCCAGGAUUGAGAACCUCUUGAAGACAAAGGAGCAGCAAAAUUUGGACCUGCUCGAGGGCUUCCGCACAGCCCAUAGUGACAUGGAGGAACAGAAGCAGAGGUUGCAGCAGAUCGAGGACCUCAAGAACUCAAUCCGCCUGGAGCUCCUGUCUUCCGACACGGAACGCAGGCACCUCCGUGAAGCUGUCAGCCACAAGGAGCUAGAGAUCCAGCAGCAUGUACAGGCCCUGCAGGCGUACGAGGCACAGGUGUCAACACUCACUCGAGGGAUGUCCCGACUUGAGGAAGAGCUACGUAAAGCUCAGGAGGAGAAAGCGGGUCUCGUCUCCGACCUGGCCACUGUCAGGGAGCUCUGCGUCAAACUGGAUUCUGGCAAGCAACUCACCGCUCGCCAAGUCACAUCCAAGAGCAUGGAGCUCGAGAGGGUGGAAGGAGAACUGGAAGACGUUCGGUCAGAGGCUGAACUGCUGAAAAAGCAGCUGGCAAGCGAGAGGCUGAUCGUCCGCAACUUAGAGACGCUGCUCUCCAGCAAUCGCCAAAAGGAGGUCCAAAUCCACCUGACGGCCAGCGAGAAGGAGUCCGAGCUGAAAGUCCUGCGUGAUCGGCUCACCCUGGCCGACAACAAGAACACCGAGCAUUCGAGGGAGGUGUCCAAGCUGUGUGGUAAAGUCUCUCAGCUGCAGACAGAGAUGGAUGUGCUCAACAGACAGCUGACCUCGGAGCGCUUUGAGCGCGAGAGGGCCAUGCAGGAGAUGCGCAGACGAGGCAUGUCUUUGUCUCCCUUGCGGAUCUCAUCAUCUCUCAACGCCUCCACCAGUUCCCAGCAUACGUCCCUGAACAGCUCCAGUGACAAGUCUACUAAUUAGAUGUGGUGGCAUAGUUUUGUCAUUUCCCGUUGUUCUUCAAUAGCACUAUAAACCUUGUUGUAACUUGUAUUUAUUUAGCCUUUAGAAUUGUGCUGUAUAUUAUGUGGUUUAUGCCCUGUGAUUGGCUGGCGACCAGUCCAGGGUGUACCCCGCCUCUCGCCCAAAAGACAGCUGGGAUAGGCUCCAGCACCCCUGCGACCCUCGUGAGGAAAAGUGGUAGAAAAUGAAUGAAUGAAUGAAGUGGUUUAAUGUAAAUUGUGGUAGUGCAUUAUGUCAAUACAGCAUUGAUGGUUGUAUUUAUGUCAGGAUAUUUACUUUUAUUGAAUAAAUAUCAGCCCAUUUGCCAUACUUUACAUUAAAAGUGAUAUUAGACAUGCAUGCAUUUUACUCUGAGGUUUAUUCAUUUAAUUCUAAACAAAUUAUGUGUAAAAUAUAUAGUCUGGCCCCCCGUCCAUUUUGUUAAAUCAAUGUGGCCCGCGAGUCAAAAAGUUUUCCCACCCCUGU